GCAGCCCCCCAAAACCGCAGCCGGUGAGGGAGGACUCCAAGGUUUGCUCCAGAGCACAGCUGGCCAGGUUCUGGAUGUAGUGAUCCUGCCCGCACCUUUCUUGGUGUGACCCAUGUCAGGCUUUCCCCAAUUUUCUUGCAGGCGGCUGUGAAGCUCCCCCCCACCAGCAGCAAUGGAGCCCCCCUGCCUGCCCUGGCUGCAGAGCUUCGACAAGCCGUGCCGCCUCCUGCUCCACACGCUUGCCUCCGGCUCCUCCGGGGUGCUGGCCGCCCUCCAAAUGCUGCAGCGGGUCCAGGCCCAUGAGGGACCGGGGCAGGCAUUUCCCUGGCAGGCCUUCACCGCAGCUCUCUGCGCCGAGGAGCCCACGCUGGAGGGGCUGGAGGGGGCCCUGGCUGUCAAACCACGUCUGCUGCUGCUUCCUGUUGUGUGCCAGAGAAACCUUUUCUCCCUGCUCCUUGUGGUGCAAGCCGUGGUGCCGGGGGACUGCCUCAGCCGGCUGCUCCAGGCCGUAGAGCAGGAUUCCCAUGUGGAUCCCUGGGUGCGGAUGCUGGGCGAUCUGCUCCGGCAGGGAUCAGGGGGAGAGGAGUGCUCCCCACCUCCCGCUCCCUUGUCUUCCGCAUGCCAGCAGCAGCUUAGGUGCCUGUGCCAGAAAAUUAACCAGAACAAACCAGAGGGCCAAAGAAAACUGAACUGGUGCUUCAGCAAGCAGCCCAGUACCGCUGGGGAUGUGGCUGACUCUGUGCUUCAAGGUGGGAAGUGCAAGAAAGUGUCGGAGGAGAGCCUGGAGUUGGAUGAGGAGAGAGAGAGGAAGAGGUUGCUUCUGGAGGAGGCAGCGUUUGACCCCCCGGGAACCCAGGAGAGUGGGGAUGUGGCAGGGGUAGAAGAGGAGGUGCCGGUGGAGCCUUCAGGGGACAGAUCUGCUGAGAGCCCAGCCAGAGCUGCUCCAGAAAGCUCCCAGCAGGAUGCAGCCAGGAAGCCCAGGAAGAUUUCCCAGGCAGAGCUGGCAGCAGAGGUCCAGUCCUUUCUCCAGAUGCACGGACAGAGGCUGAAAAUGCUGCUGCAGAAGGAGUCCAAUCACUCAGAGCUGAGUGUCCCACCUGAGCUGCACGUCCUGAACAGCUGCUCUCCUGGCCAGCUUGAGGGGCUGUGCUCCUUCCUCCAGCUCUCCACAUGCCCAGAGCACCUCCUGGUGCGUUUCUGCAGCUGGCUGCUGGCUCUCACCCCUGACCUCAGCUACACCAGCGCAGCCAUCCUGGCAGAGCAGCUCUUCCUCCAGCGAAUCCUGUCCCUCGCCCAGCUGCCCUCUCGCCACCUCAUGGCUGCCCUCUCUUCAUUUUGCUCCAAGUAUUCCCAGCCCUUCUGUCGAGUCCUGGUGGCUGUGGUCCUGCGGGAGCCAGGGGAAGGUACUGAGCAGACCAAGCUUGUGUGUGAGCUCGUGGAGGAGUGCCUGGAGCCAGACUGUGUGCGACUGGUGCUAAGCCAAGUACUGGAGGUGCCUUUGUCAGAGAAGCUCCUGCCAGUAUUGCAGGCUGUGCUGGGGCGGCAGGAGGUGCUGCCCCCCAAGCUCUUUGAUCUCCUGGUCAUGACUCUGUGCCGGCAGGCUCCAGCCUUCGCUACGUCGCUGAAUUAUGCCAAGCUGGUGAUGGCAGUGCUCACCAUGUACCAAAACCAGGUCACCCCAGCCCACCAGAGCAGUCUGGCUGCUGCUCUGGAUCGCAGCAAUGCGGCUCUGAAGAAGUCACUGCAGGCUGUGCUGGAGGGAGCCAGGUAGCAGGCUGCGGUCUUCACAGUUCCCCUGCAAAGCUUCUACGAAGUGACCUCGGUGUCAUUGUCCCUAGUGCUCAGUCUGGCUGUGGCUGACGGUCACAUGAAGAUGACGGAGGACAAACUCAUCUCCAAAAUUUACCUGGUCGUCAGCUUCCUGGUGUCCUUGCUGAAGAACUGGAAGAACGCGUGUGCUGUGUAUAUCUAGAGCACCGUGGGGAAGCCCCAGCACCUCCAUGGACUGGGCAGCAAUAGAGGGUUUGAAAUCCGGCCACAGUGUGCAUCUCCCUGAUGGAUGUUUGGUUUUGUAACUGCUUACUGGUUUCUUUAGGCAACGGUCUCAUUUUGACAGGCUGUUCUUGGCUGCUACGUGCCGUAUGCAGCUUGCGCUUCCAACUCAUCUGGACGUACUGGGAGCUGCAUUUUGGGCCAGCCUACGUGGUUUUUGCAAGAAACAGUAGUCAGGCAGGGAUCGGCUUUGCAAACUGCAAGAGGGGUUACUGUUCGGCUGAGAAGCAUUAUGCUGGCUUGUGGAAAGAGCCUUCUUAGUCCUGUUUUUGCUCUUGGCUGCAGCUUAUCAGGUACCGUGGAUUCCUCUGGGGUGUAUGUGUGAGAUAACAGUCAUAUUAGGAGAACUGGAAGCAAACCCUGGAGACGCUAGACGUGCUGGUGGAAGGCUGCUUGUUUAUGUGGUGGUUGGUAGCACCCACAUGGAAAACUUUACUUGACCCUCUCAAGAACUUUAAAAUCCAGCCUGAACAGCACACAGAGGUGGAUGCGGCAUAAAAUGUCAGUCAGGUUUUAUAGUUCAGCAGAACAUUAUUCAGGAGUGGAGGGAGAGCCGGCCCUGGGUUUGCCCUUGUCCUGAUUGGGGUUGGGAUUGGGGAAGGUCUGAAGCUUUGUCUUAGACGUUUCCUAGGCUGUAUGUAGAAGGCAGUGUAUAAUUUUCAGCCAUUUUACUUGUGAUGUUUGGUAGUAGUUACUUAUCUGCUUCGUCUCCUGUAGAGAUUUACUUCCUUCAUGGUAUGAAGGGGAAUUCCCUUUUUGGCCUAAUGGUUUGCUUGUUUGUUUGUUUGUUUUUAAAGGAAAUUAAUAUUAUGCAAUUGCAUGGGUUAUCUGUCUGCUCUGCUGCCUCCUCAUCCUCCCACAGUGAUUUCUGAACCAGUUUCAUGACAAGAUGACCUCUCUGCUCCCCAAGUGGCAUCUUGGUGCCAUGAUCAGACAGGAGAGAACCUCCUUCGGGUGGGCAGAGGUACGCAAAUGCUGCAUCCAUGGAUGUUACAUACCAGACAUCAGAGCCACAUAGGAGCCAGACUACCUUGGUCCAUGCAAUACCUUGUUGGAAAGGGCUGAAACUCGGCUGCUUCCCUGAAAAUGGUCCAUUUCCAUCCCCUGAGGGGCUGCCCCUUUCCAAGCAGGAGCUGCAGGCAUGUCCAGCUAGUUGCUGUGUCCCCUCCUGCAGCAAUGCUGGGAGCUGAUAAAGUCACCAUGUUUCUCCCUGGAGGUAACUGUGUUUCAGUGACACCCCGUUAAUCACAUGCAUGUAAUCCCCAAUAUGCUGAUGCAGUUUUGCAUUGAAAUCUGGUGGCUGUGAUAUCCAGAUGUAAGGCCGAACUGCUCUGGGGAAGGCUCAGCAGUCUUUGUUUUUUUCCAACCUGGAAUUUAAAACUGAACCAAAAGAAGCAAAACCACUCUUUUUUACC